UUCAGGCAGCUUGAUUUCAAUUUGUUUCCAAAAUGGAAAGGAAAGACCCCUCAGUACUCAGCUCUGUCUCCAUGAGAAGUGAUCAAUCUGCAGGUCAUCCCAUGAACUUUAAAGACAGACCAGACUCAUCUGGAACAAGGAAAGACCCCUCAGUACUCACCUCUGUCUCAAAGGAAAGUUACCCAUCCAUGGGUUAUCCUCUAAACAUCAAAGAUGAGGUUAACCAGGAGGUGCUGAAAAUGCUUGAUGGACCAUCUGCACACCAGAAACCAACAGAACUAGACCUCGUUUUCAAGAUUCUUGAAGAGAAUAUUGUGUCUUUUGUGAAGAAUGAACUGAAGAAGUUCCUGACAGUUCUUCAUCCAGGUCACACAACAUAUUCAGGCAGUCAGAGGAAUGAUGAGGAUGUGUCACAGGAAGCAGAGGAAACACAGAGGAUGAGCAGCAAAGAGGCAUUUUUAAAUAUUACACUGAACUUCUUGAGGAUGAUGAAGCAGGAGCAGCUGGCUGACUUAUUGUACAGUAAAACUAUUGCACCACUGUGCAUAAGUAAACUGAAAUGUGACCUGAAGAAGAAGUUUCAGUGUGUGUUUGAGGGGAUCGCUAAAGCAGGAAACCCAACCCUUCUGAAUCAGAUCUACACAGAGCUCUACAUCACAGAGGGAGGAACUGGAGAGGUCAAUAAUGAACAUGAGGUCAGACUGAUUGAAACAGCAUCCAGGAAACCACACAGACCAGAAACAACCAUCAGACAAGAAGACAUCUUUAAACUCCCACCUGGAAGACAUGAACCAAUCAGAACAGUCCUGACAAAGGGAGUGGCUGGCAUUGGGAAAACAGUCUUAACACAGAAGUUCACUCUGGACUGGGCUGAAGACAGAACCAACCAGGACAUUCACUUCCUAUUUCCAUUCACUUUCAGAGAGCUGAAUGUGCUGAAAGAGAAAAAGUUCAGCUUGGUGGAACUUGUUCAUCACUUCUUUACUGAAACCAAAGAAGCAGAAAUCCACAGAUUUGACAAGUUCCAUGCUGUGUUCAUCUUUGAUGGUCUGGAUGAGAGUCGACUUCCUCUGGACUUCCAGAGGAACCAGGUCCUGACUGAUACUACAGAGUCCACCUCAGUGGAUGUUCUGCUGACAAACCUCAUCAGGGGGAACCUGCUUCCCUCUGCUCAGCUCUGGAUAACUACACGACCUGCAGCAGCCAAUCAGAUCCCUGCUGAGUGUGUUGGCAUGGUGACAGAGGUCAGAGGCUUCAAUGACCCGCAGAAGGAGGAGUACUUCAGGAAGAGGUUCAGAGAUAAUAACCAGGUCAAAAAGAUCAUCUCUAACAUCAAGACCUCACGAAGCCUCCACAUCAUGUGCCACAUCCCAGUCUUCUGCUGGAUCACUGCUACAGUUCUGGACCAUGUGUUGAAGACCAGAGAGGGAGGAGAGCUGCCCAACACCCUGACCGAGAUGUACAUCCACUUCCUGCUGGUUCAGACCAAAGUUAAGAAGUUCAAGUAUGAUGGAAGAUUUGAGACAGAUCCACACUGGAGUCCAGGGACCAGGAAGAUGAUUGAAUCUCUGGGAAAACUGGCUUUUAAGCAGCUGCAGAAAGGAAACCUGAUCUUCUAUGAAUCAGACCUGAGAGAGUGUGACAUCGAUAUCAGAGCAGCUUCAGUUUACUCAGGAGUGUUCACCCAGAUCUUUAAAGAGGAGAGAGGGAUGUACCAGGACAAGGUGUUCUGCUUUGUCCACCUGAGUGUUCAGGAGUUUUUGGCUGCUCUUCAUGUCCAUCUGAUCUUCAUCACAUCUGGUGACAACCCAAUGGAUGAAGCCCUUAAAACCUCCAAGAUGUCCAAAGCAAGAAAAGCUGUUUCUCCAGUGACAAAGUUCUAUCAGAGUGCCAUUGAUGUGGCCCUACAAAGUGCAAAUGGACACCUGGACUUGUUCCUCCGAUUUCUCCUGGGUCUUUCACUGGAGGCCAAUCAGACUUAUCUACUUGGUCUGCUGACACAAACAACGAGUAGUUCCACAACUAGUCAGGAAAUAGUUGAUUACAUCAAAAAGAAAAUUGAGAAAAAUCUAUCAUCAGAGAAGUGCAUCAAUCUGUUCCACUGUCUGAAUGAACUGAAUGAUCGUUCUCUGGUGGAGGACAUCCAGAAAUCCCUGAGAUCAGGAAGUCUCUCCACAGAUAAACUGUCUCCUGCUCAGUGGUCAGCUCUGAUCUUUAUUUUACUGUCAUCAGAAAAAUAUCUGGAAGUGUUUGAUCUAAAAAAAUACUCUGCUUCAGAGGAGGCUCUCAUGAGGCUGCUGCCAGUAAUCAAAGUCGCCAACAAAGCCCUUUUGAGUGGAUGCAAUCUCUCAAAAAGAAGCUGUGAAGUCCUGGCCUCAAUCCUCAGCUCUCAGUCCUCCACUCUGAAAGAACUGGAUCUGAGUAACAACAACUUGGAGGACUCGGGAGUGAAGGAACUGUGUUCGGGCCUGCAGAGUCCAUGUUGCACGUUGGAAUCUCUCAGGCUUUCAGGGUGUCUGAUCACAGAGAAAGGUUGUGCUUCACUGGCCUCAGCUCUGAAUGCCAACCCCUUCCAUCUGAAAGAGCUGGAUCUGAGCUACAACUAUCCAGGAGAAGCAGGAGUGAAGCUUCUUUCUGCUGGUUCACACUGGAGAUUGAACUCUUUUAGAGUGGACCCCAGUGGAGCUUGGACACUGAAAGCAGGACUAAGGAAGUAUACUCAUCAGAUCACUCUGGAUUCAAAGACAGCACACAGAAACCUUAAAUUGUCAGCCAACAAAAGACGGGUGACAGUGACAGCAGAGCAGCAGCCAUAUCCUCACAAUCCUGAGAGGUUUGAUUACUGGCACCAGCUGCUCUGUACAGAUGGUUUAACUGGACGCCAUUCCUGGGAGGUGAAGUAUGAAGGAAUGGUGUGCAUUGGAGUAACUUACAGAGGAAUCAGUAGAAAAGAAGACAGCUACAGCUGUUUGGUUGGAGGGAAUAAUCAGUCCUGGAGUCUGUACUGUUCAGGGAAGACUUUCUUCGCUUUUCACAACAACAAGAAACAAACGAUUCCUCCACCUUCCUCCACCUCCAACAGAGUAGGAGUAUAUCUGGACUGGCCCUCUGGAACUCUGUCCUUCUACAUAGUCUCAUCAGAUGCAUCAGCUCACCUCCACACCUUCAAUACUACAUUCACAGAACCAAUCUACCCUGCUUUUAGGGUCGGAUUACAGGACAGUUUAUCUGGUUCUUCUGUGUCUCUUUUACCUCAUUCAUAAGACAGCUCAGUCCAGGACUAAUGCAUCUUCUGUCCUCCUCCAAGCAUUCAGAAAAAACACGAAGGCAGAAGGGUGAGUAAAAUGAGCCCGCUCUGAUGCUCCUCUGAGCCGGGAGCAGAAGUAGAGACUGGACUGAGCCCGGCAGGCCCACUUGUGAAAAAGCAACAUGUUGUUCCGCGCUCAGAAAAUGAUAAUGAGCUGAUGACAUCAGUGAGCGACAGCAGGAUUAAUCAGCAAACAGAUUUAUUACAGAGGGAAUAUUAACUAUGAUGAGAAACAGCAACUUUGUAGAUUGUUUAAAAAAUAUUGAGCCACAGGUUUGAUGUGCAGAGACAGUGAGUGGCUGGAGGAUUAAUCAACAGAUUUAUUAAUGAGGGAAUAUUAAAAGUGACACAGAACAGCAACUUUGUAGUUAGUUUUAAAAAUAUUUAACCACAAAAUCAGUAAAAUGAGCAAAACUGUAGUGCAUGCAGUACAUAUUCCAAUCUUUUUAUUUUAAAUUUAUUGUUUGUAAGUUUCAUCUUUUAUUCUGUUCAAUGCCACAGGUAUGUGUUUUCUUCUCCAGUGAAUUGGAUUCAGCUUUUAUAUAUCUAUCUCUGAAAUCUAACCACUCUUGUAUAUUUUUUUGCUAUUUGAACUGUAUAUCAAACUAUUUGGCUAAAUCAGUAAUCAGUAUCUAAUCUUUUUGUAUUUGUAUCUUUUUGAAUUAACUUCUUUUUUACAUAACCACAUUAAAAUACAUUGAGCUUUCAGAUAUUGUAAGAACUUGAUUGUUAUGUUUUGUCUGGGUUCAUGUUUUUAUUUUGACUUUAUUCUGAUUUUUCUGUCAUGUUCCUCUGUUUUCUUCCUCCUGUCUGCCU